CCCUGCAGUCCUCCAGACACACACAGACAUGCUCAGCGGCCGUCCAAUGCAUACUGACAUUUUUGAAUAGAGAGUGCCAGAUGUGAGCUCCCGUUGCAAAGGCAGUUAGAAAGUCUAAAAAUAUCUCAUUCUCUCGUCUCUGUCUCUCUCUCUCUGCACAAGGCAGACAUGUGCUCCACAUGCAGACUGAAUUAACCAACUCUCAAGUCCAGGAUCAGACUCCAGCCAUUCUUCUUUUUCUCCUUUCCUGGAAAUAAUCCUACAAUAGCAGAGAGAACACCGAGAUAUGAACAAAAAAUAUCAAUAAAGAAAUUAGAGGCAGGAAGAAGACUUGAAGACUUUCAGAAUACUACGGUUCUAUAAAGAGCUACUCAUCUUUGAAGGAAGACAAAAUUCAACAAGUGAGAAGGAGCAUGCAGAAGAAUGCUUCAAGGAAAGCCCUGGCUGCUUUCUUAUGUGCACUGGUGCUUUUUUCAGACAUUGGAUUCUCCCUGAGAAGACGGAAAAGGGGAUUGCACCAAAAGGUGGGAGACAAGGAUGAUGAUUACGAGUACCCCAGCCAGUCCCAGGCGGCGCAGUACCAGAAGAACGACCGCUGCCCGCCGCCCCCGCAGACGCUGCCCGAGCGGGCCUGCGAGGUGCCCAGCUGCCGCUCGGACUCGGAGUGCGAGCGGCACAAGCGCUGCUGCUACAACGGCUGCAUUUACGCCUGCCUGGAGUCGGUGCAGCCCCCACCAGUUCUUGACUGGCUGGUGCAGCCGAAACCGAGAUGGCUGGGAGGAAAUGGAUGGCUUCUGGACGGCCCAGAGGAAGUCCUUCAAGCGGAAGCUUGCAGCACCACAGAGGAUGGAGAUGAGCCCCUGCACUGCCCCACGGGGUACGAGUGCCACAUCAUCAACCCUGGCAACCCUGCUGGUGGCAUCCCCAACAGGGGUCAGUGCAUCAAACAGCGCGGGAACUCAGAUGGGCGCAGUUUAAGGCACAAGUAUUUCAAAGACUACAAGGAUUAUUUAGGAAGCAAUUCCAACAAUGCUGUAGGUUAUGAGAAGCAGCACCACAAACAUCUGGGAUAGAAGAUGGAAAAACCACCCAGAGCCUUUCUUCAAGGUCUGCUGAAGAAAAGGCUGAACAUUCAGGUUCUCAUGUUCAAUGGCAAAAGUGUUUGUCCAGGUUUGACUCAAACGUCUCAUUUUAAGUUGGCAUAAUGAUGAUGGCAUAUGCUUCAGAAACACGUAUAUUUUUCUACUUAAACUUCCAGGGAACUACUAUUAGAUUUAGCAGUGCCACACCUGUGUGGUCAUCCUUAUUUUCCCUUCACAUUUCAGACAUCUUAACAUUUUUGUGUCUGAAUGUAGUUUACUUGUUUCUGAAUACAUAAACUCAAUAAGCUAUUUCAAGCUUAUUCAAGCUGCCUUGCUAUUGACUUAGAAUUUCAAGGAAACUACAGUAUUGUACAGUUUAGGAGCCUGUUCAUGGGGGUUUACAUACUGUAUAUACCUCUGUCAAGGAAGUCUACCACAUACUGUAUGCUACUUGAUAUAUAACUGUGAGUUAUAACUGUGAUUUCUGAAGUCUUAACUGUGAAGUCUGAUUUUCACAACACAUGCUGAUGCAGAAAUUCGAUCAGUUAUCCCCAAACUUCAUUCCAGAGAGACCAAAUGCCUCAGAUUUCAUAGUUGUCUUUUUGAACAGAAGCUAAAGAACAAAGUCUUGAAUACAUCUUGAAUAAUUAAGUAAAAAAUCGUACAGUGAAAUUAUUUAGAGCUUGGAUAGAACAAAAACCAGCUACUUGGUGCUUUGUGGGGUUGAAGGCUUCCAUAUUCGAUAAAACAUUACAGCUAUUCCCUAUUACAGCUGUUCUGUUCCUAAGACAGCCAUGAUUGCACGAUUCCUUCGAGGUCUACGUUCAUUCUUGUAGAACAGUCACCAUCACCAUCAGACUCCAUUGAAGGACCGGCAGUUGGUGGCAAUUGCCUGUUUGGUCACUGUUUUUCUGUCCAGCACCAGUGGGUUAAGACUGUGUAGAUCCUUCCACAUCAUCCAUCCACUCUCUGCCAGUACAUCAGCCUGCCAUUGUUCAUUCUGUAAUUGUUCUCCAAUCUGUGCCAGUAUCAAGCCCAGAUAAAAGAGGAAGGUUGUGGUCUUUAGUGAAGACUAAGUAAGAAACUGGCAAGGCAGUUCUGUUCAUUUGUCUGUUGACUGCAGAGGAGCUGAGAUUCCUGUAAACAUUUACUCAAUGUUUAUUAACACCAGUGCACAAUAAGUAAUUUGAAAGAACAGGACCAAAACAAGCACUUUGUGUUCAUUUGUCUUUUCUUGAACACUAAAUUGCAUGCUGAGCAGAAAAAGCUAAGCAAUGCAUUUUGUGUAAGCAAGCAAUGGUAGAUAAGAACUUUUUUGUAGUUUUAAAAUUUUGUAAUAAGAUACAGGGCACGACUUGUGUAAAGAUAUAAAAAUAACUAUUCUAAAAGAACGAAAAACUUCACAACUGGUACUCAUUUACAAUUUAAACUUAUCACCUGUCAUCAAAACAAUAUGAAACAAAGGAAAUAUAUUAUCGCGGCCCUGUUCUGGCGAUUGUUUAUAAAAGAACAAAACAGAGUAAGUCAAGAUUUAUAUAACAUGCACAUCCUAAUCCAUAUAUUUUCUAACCACUUUAUCCAAUAGAGGCAGAAGAGCCAGAACCAAUCCCAGCAAGCAACCAGUGCAAGGCAGG